GUCUCUGAGCAGCAGUUUCUGUGGUAGGCCUGUGUCCCUGGCUAGGGUUGACCUCUGCGGCAAUACCUUUCCCUCUAUAGCACAGGAUUGAGAAAAGUCGCAUGUGCAUUCAGCCACUGAAGGGCUACAUAAUUGGCCUAGGGUCUGCUAGGCUCUUUUGCAGAUUUUGGUCCUCCUGCUUUCACUGCUUUGGGAAGUUAUGCCAUGUGGACAGCAACAAUACCAUCAGUAGACAUAUCUCUCUCCUUGUGGCCCUGGGAGGAAGCCAUGAACUCUACCAAAUCUGAAUCCCUGAAGGGAUCACCAGAGGCUGAAGAUGGAAACAUCGAAUAUAAACUGAAGCUGGUGAAUCCAUCCCAGUACCGCUUUGAGCACCUGGUGACACAGAUGAAGUGGCGGCUCCAGGAGGGGCGUGGUGAGGCAGUCUACCAGAUUGGGGUAGAGGACAAUGGGCUGCUGGUGGGGCUGGCUGAGGAGGAGAUGCGGGCCUCCCUCAAGACCCUGCACCGGAUGGCAGAGAAGGUUGGGGCAGACAUCACCAUUCUCCGAGAGCGAGAAGUGGAUUAUGAUAGUGACAUGCCCCGAAAGAUCACUGAGGUGCUAGUCCGAAAGGUCCCUGACAACCAGCAGUUCCUAGACCUCCGUGUGGCUGUCCUGGGGAAUGUGGACUCAGGGAAGUCGACUUUGCUUGGAGUCCUGACCCAGGGAGAGCUGGACAAUGGGCGGGGCCGAGCCCGGCUCAAUCUUUUCCGCCACCUGCAUGAGAUUCAGUCUGGCCGAACCUCCAGCAUCAGCUUCGAGAUCCUGGGCUUUAACAGCAAGGGAGAGGUGGUGAAUUACAGUGAUUCACGGACGGCAGAAGAGAUCUGUGAGAGCAGCUCCAAGAUGAUCACCUUCAUCGACCUGGCAGGCCACCACAAGUACCUGCACACCACCAUCUUUGGCCUCACCUCAUACUGCCCUGAUUGCGCCCUGCUUCUCGUCAGUGCCAACACUGGGAUUGCCGGCACCACAAGGGAACAUCUGGGGCUGGCCCUGGCCCUGAAAGUGCCCUUCUUCAUUGUGGUCAGCAAGAUCGACCUGUGUGCCAAGACCACGGUGGAGAGGACAGUACGCCAGCUGGAGCGUGUCCUCAAGCAGCCUGGCUGCCACAAGGUCCCCAUGCUGGUCACCUCUGAGGAUGAUGCUGUCACUGCUGCCCAGCAGUUCGCCCAGUCACCCAAUGUAACCCCCAUCUUCACACUGUCCAGUGUGUCUGGAGAGAGUCUAGACCUCCUCAAAGUCUUUCUGAAUAUCCUGCCACCACUCACCAACAGCAAGGAGCAGGAGGAACUCAUGCAGCAGCUGACGGAGUUCCAGGUAGAUGAAAUCUACACAGUACCAGAGGUGGGAACUGUUGUUGGAGGGACACUUUCCAGUGGGAUUUGCCGUGAGGGGGACCAGCUGGUGGUGGGCCCCACGGACGACGGCUGCUUCCUGGAGCUGAGAGUAUGCAGCAUCCAGCGCAACCGCUCUGCCUGUCGUGUGCUGCGAGCUGGUCAGGCUGCUACGUUGGCCCUCGGGGACUUUGACCGUGCACUGCUUCGCAAGGGAAUGGUGAUGGUGAGCCCUGAGAUGAAUCCUACCAUCUGCUCAGUGUUCGAGGCAGAGAUAGUCCUACUGUUCCAUGCUACCACCUUCCGACGAGGAUUCCAGGUGACAGUACACGUGGGCAACGUACGUCAGACGGCAGUGGUGGAAAAGAUCCAUGCCAAGGACAAGCUGCGGACAGGGGAGAAGGCAGUGGUCCGUUUCCGCUUCCUGAAACACCCAGAGUACCUGAAGGUGGGCGCCAAACUGCUGUUCCGGGAGGGUGUCACCAAGGGCAUCGGCCAUGUCACUGAUGUGCAAGCCAUUACAGCAGAAGCCCAAGCCAACAUGGGCUUCUGAGUCCCCCAGGCAGACAGCUCUACUGCUGUCCCUACAAUAUAUGAGGUGACUUUGGACUGUGCUGCCCCCUGUUGGCGGCUCUGUGUUAGUAGGCUAGGGAGAGGAGUACUGUCUGCCACUUGCUCCCUGCUGCCUUCCUGAAGAGGUACAAGCUUGGUGUGGCCAGGGAGGGGGAGUACUGAGGGAGAUGACAGAAUUCAGGGCACUGCGCAGAAGCUCGUGCCCACCUGGUUGGCUCAUCAAUCCUGUGGCCCGUGUACUGGAGCUGACUGCAUCCACUAUCCUCAGUUCCUCGGCCCCACUAUCAGGACUGGCUUGUUUUGCUGGUGUGGUCCCUGCACUUCAGGAAUUGUCACAACUGGGGGUGGCUCUCAAAAGCACUCCUUUUUCUAUACCUCGUCUCAAGGUCAUGUAAGUUGCCCAUCUCUACCUGACUGUAGGCAAAAGAUACCUGCUCUUGGCCAUGUGGUGGCCCAGGGUCUAAAGAAACGGUACAUGGACAAUGAAUGGUACUGUUCCCACUCCGUGCUGAGGCCUGAGGCCUCUUCCUCAGCUUUAUCUCCCUUCCCUUCUGGACUCAAGGGCCAUUUCCCAGUUCCUCUUUCACAUGCCCCACAGGUGCUAUUUGUUGUGCUGGCCCAGACGUGGGGCUGCCAAGCUAAGGCUUGGCAUACCAAAGGUCAGCUGCAUGUCAGUCAGUCUCGUCCUCUGUUAGCUUUCCUGCUGGAUCAAAUAAUGUUUUACUUUCACAGACUGGUGGCUGGGGAAUCUGACCCACAGUUCACUAUCCUGCCACUCUUACCCCACCUUUCUGCUCCCUCUCUCGUUUUAGUAAUUUUUAGUAACCAGCUCCUUCCCUCUGUUACAGGGAACCAGGAGGAAAGGGAAAGAUGUUGCCAUAUUUCCUAUUCUUUAGGCAUGGAUUCCCUCCUUUCCCUUUGUGUGUCCUGGGUUCCCAUGGACUCAGGGAUUUGUUGGUUGAGGUUCCUCUGCAUAUAUAUGUGUGUGAGUGUGUGUAUAUAUGUAUAUAUAUUUAAAUACACAUAUGUAUUGUACAGAAUAAAAAUGUUUUGUUGAAUACACUGUGCUUA